GUGGUAGCAGGGCAUCAUCACCUAUUCACUAACUAACGGGUGUUUGACGACGAAAUCCGAGCCCUGAAUUCCAGGUUCCAUCCCACCCAACGCCUCUGCCGCCGCAUUUCUUAGUUACGCGCGCUUUUCAGGGUCCAAUCUACCCGAAACUCCUGUGCCACGCCCCCCGGAGCCUUCUUCCCCCUCAGCCGCAGCACCCGCGAUCGCCGCCCUCUCGCACCAAAGCCGAGCCGAGUCGAGCCGGACCCGCGGAUCACAACUAGUCUUUCUCCUCCAACUUCUUCCUCUUCAAUGUCCAUGUCAUGACGCGGGACGCCAUGCGGCCAACGAGCGCCGGCGGCAGUAGCCGCAAGAACGACAGCGAACUCGAUCUUCUGGCCGGCCUUUGGCAGGAAGCGCGCUUCGCCAGGCUGCCGUGCGAUGCUCCCCGCGAGCUGAAGGACCUGGUCGAGGACAUCGACAACCCGAAGCGCGUCUACGCAAUCCACAAAGCGAGUCGUCGCCACAACUUCCAGCUGCUCGUGCAGAAGUAUAUCGUGCAGCUCCGAGAGGGCUGUGGCGCCGAGCACUGCAAUACCUCGACCUGCUUCACCUGCCGGAAGAGGAUCGCAGGCCGGGCGCCGGUCCGCAGGUACAACACGACAAGCGCGAGAACAUUGGCGUUGCAUCUUGCGAGCCAGGAGAAUCCAGAACACGGCUUAUGCCCAAAUUUAAGGCCUCCCAAGGCACCACCUGCCGCCCUCAGCUCCCUCGUCUUCGUUCCGAGUCCCAAGCCCCAACUGCGGGAUGAACGAGCCCCGCCUCCCUCCCCGAAAGCUCAAGCCGUGCACAAUCAUCGUCCCGCAUCUCCGAAGACGAGCAAUGUGGACCGCAUCCAGCCCUCGUCUGCUCGAAGUUGCGCCGGUGAAGGACAUGCUGAGAGGGGAGAGAGGAUAAAGAUUGCACAUUCCCGAACUGGACCGGAUGACCACAGGCAACCUCGCCGCCCGGGUUUUACGGUCAUCGAGGAGCCUGUCAGCAAAGACCACCGGUCCUUUGCGGCAAACCUGUUUGGGACUGUGGCUUUCAAAAUGCUGGAGUGGCUCACUCCCGCUGCGGUAGAAGAUAUGUCCCGGAGAGCGCGGAGUUUUCGAGGUGAGCUGGAUUCUGAGGAUGGACUCGGAGACGCGGCAGCAGCCAAGCUCGACUCCUCCAAGUCGGAAAACGCAGCCAAAUCCGGCCUGUCCAAGUCGCUGCAGGACUCGCCUCUCUCAUCUGAUGGGCUACACGGGAACCUGGCGAACGGUCGGAGCCCCUGUCUGCCUAGCCAGAGCGAGAAGGAGCCAAGGGGACUGAAGGAUGUCCAGCAGCCGCUCGAGCCUGCCCCAGGCCCUCGUGUGACGAAUCCGCGCCGGAACUCCAAUGCCAAGGUCCGGACCUCAUCUGGGACGAAGCCGAAACGGCAGCUCUCAAUCGACCCCUAUGCACAAGAUUCCGCGGCCGAAGAACCCUUCGCAGCUUUACUGAGAUCUCCCCGAGCCAUUGCGGGACCCGCAGAGAGGGGUUCGCGAGGCCCUAAAACGGCUGGCUCGAGUCUCUCCCGGCCAAUAUCACAGCUUUCCUCGGCAGGCUUUUUCGACGACGUCUCGCUUGAGAAAAUGCCUCCCCCAAAGAGCAUCGAUGUCAAACCUUGGAACAAUCGGGCCCAACCAAGUGCGCCCAAAGUUAGCGAGUCCGGCAGCCUGACGGAAGUCGGCACCGCACCUGGCGUAUCUGGUGACCGAUCCUGUAGCCUCGGUUCGUCGGCAGCGGCAGGCCAGGACUCGGAAUCGGAGGACGAGAGCUUGCUGCCCCAGGCGCUAGCCAGGCUGGACGCCGAAGUUGUCGACUUCCUUUGCGAUGUUAUCCAGGAGGACGGCACUGCCGAGAAGCACAUGCUCGAGCCCCAGUCCGUUACGCGUUUCCACAACCGGCAGGCCGGGCAAAGAAGUCUAGCGAGGCGGAAGCGUCGGUUGGCUCAGGCCUAUCCAACCAACAUGAGAUUGGAGUGGAAGUUGUUCGUUGAGCAAACCCUCUUCUAUGUCCUCAGCGAUCCACAUCUGGCUCUUCGUUCCUUCACCCAAAAGGGCCAGCUCUACGACUCACAGACCCUCUGGUACUGCAUGCUGAGGUUGACGCGGAUCGCACCUAGCCUGGUGUUCCACAGUCUGUGGAUGGCCGCGGCAAGUCUCUUCGCCCCUCCCAAGCCGCUCCAGACCCUGAGGUCGCCGACGACCAAGGUCUUCCCCAAAAACGAACCAUCGCUCUCCAACGUGGAGGCAGGACGUCUCCUUUCGAUAUGCUUGCAUGCGUUGGUUGCAGCAGCGCCCCUGGUUAGCGACUCUCGGCAGCUCUACGACAUGUCGAGAAUCAGAUCGCACGGCCUGAGCCUCGCCGGGAGCGGUGCGGUAGCCCGGCAACCGACAGAGCUCUGUCUACAGUACGAAGACAUCUUCACGGACGACAUGGCGCUUCGGUUAGCGAAGCGCUUGUUCACAGCAAUCACGACCCGCCGCUACUUCGACGAGCUGCGCCAGUCAAACAUCGACGGGGAAGAACAUCAGGAGCAGGACGUGCUAGCGCCGUUGUUCUCCCAACUGGAUUUUCUGAAUAUGGACGCAGUCUAUGUCCUUGAUUUCUCGUUCCCCGACCGUGCUCUUCACGAAACACGGGUUCCGAUUCUCCUUCUGGACUGGGCGAGGGCCGUCAUGCUUAACGAGUGGGACGGCUCCCCGGAAGUUGCGGGGGACGGUCCUUUUGGCGGCACCCUCGCCCUGAUUGAGGCUAUGUACAAAAGACGGCACGAGCUCCUCCUGGCCGAUGCUCAGUUCCGCUUUGAUUAUCUCGCAGAGCGCCUGGACACGAUCAAAGUUCCCAUCUCGUGGUUGUCUCAUACGCCGACGCGGCAACGCCUCCACCUUCUGGACUUUCCCUACUUAUUCAGCCCCUCCACCCUGGUGUCAUACUUCCGAGCAAUCAACCUCUCCAGAAUGGGCCGUUAUUACGAGGAAGCCAGCUCGCUGCAUAGCAAGAUCAAGCUGAUUAGUCACCAAGGAGGUCUAACCCAGCACCAUAAGGACGAGCUGACCGAGCGGAUGAAAGUGGCGGGAGCCAAUUAUCUGGUUCUCGAUAUUUCGAGAGAUGCCGUGCUCCAAGACGCGUUCGACCAGCUGUGGCGGAGAGAGGAACGAGAGCUGCUGCGGCCACUGAAAGUCCGUCUGGGGGAGUCGAGCGGCGAAGAAGGCUUCGAUUCCGGCGGCGUGCAACAGGAGUUCUUCAGGAUGGCCAUCGCAGAAGCUCUCAACCCAGACUACGGCGCCUUCACGGUGGAUGAGCGCACGCGCAUGGCUUGGUUCCUGCCGGGCUCGCUAGAGGACGAAUGGAAGUUCGAGCUGAUCGGCCUGCUCGUCUCGCUGGCCGUGUACAACGGCCUCACGCUUCCGGUGACAUUCCCCAAGGCUCUCUACCGCAAGCUCCUGGGGGAGCCGGUUACCGAGCUGCACCACAUCGCCGACGGAUGGCCUGAUUUGGCAAGUGGACUCACCUCGCUGCUGGAGUGGGAUGAGAAAGACGGCCUCGUCGAAGAUGUGUUCGCUCGCACCUACGAGUUCUCAGUGUCCACGUUCGGCCAAGUGGUUACCAGAGAAAUGAAGCCACUCUCCGACGACCAUCACCGUCGCCGCAGCCACCAGCAAGACGAGGCGUGGCCGCAGUUUUCCAAAACCCGCUCCGGCUCCCCGGCGCCCCCCCGCGGCAACCCAGAUGGAGACGACGCGCCGCUGGUCACCAGUGCCAACCGCAACGCCUACGUGUCCGACUACAUCCGCUACCUCACCGACGUCUCGGUCCGCCCGCAGUACGAGGCCUUCGCCCGCGGCUUCCACACGUGCCUGCACCCGAAGUCGCUCACGCUGCUCACCCCGUCGCUGCUGCAGUCCGUAGUCGAGGGUGUGCAGGAGAUCGACAUCGCGGAGCUGAAGCGGUACGUGCGCUACAUCGGCUGGGACGCGUCGCACCGCACCGUCAGGGACUUCUGGAGCAUCGUCAAGCGCUACGACGACAACAUGAAGCGCAAGCUGCUCGAGUUCGUCACGGCCAGCGACCGCCUGCCCGUCGGUGGGCCCAAGAACCUCAUGUUCAUCGUGCAGCGCAACGGCGAGGAGGACGACCCGGCCGGCAGGCUGCCUACCUCGUAUACGUGUUACGGCACCUUGCUGCUGCCGGAGUACAAGGACAAGGAGGUGCUGAGGGAGAGACUGGCCAUGGCGCUGGAGAACGCGCAGGGGUUCGGGUUUGCUUGAGAGAAAGCCGGUCAGCCAGCAAGCAUGCAAGCAAACUCAAAUUUCAAUUGAGAAGUCGGACGGAGCUGUACACCUUGGGC